AUGGAGUUAGAGCCAUCUCAAUCACCAAGGCUUACAUCGAAUGCUACAACAUCUACAUCUUCAAGGAAAAGAAAUAAGGCAGAUGAAUGCGAAAGUGAAAUAUUAGAGGUUUUGAAAAAGUGCGAAAAAAAGAUGGAUGAAAAGGAGAAGAAGGAUCCAUUUGAUAUUUAUAGUGAAUAUAUUGCUGCUGAAUUAAGAAGUGUCAAAGAUGCCAAGCCAUGA